AUGGUGCUCUUGAGAAUCCGCACUCGGGACGGUACCGAACGUCUCGAGUGCGCGGACGGCGCAGGAGGAGGAGAAAACGACGUCGUUAAAACAAUCUCGGACGUCCAAGAUUUAAUCUCGAAGCAACCGUGGGGCGUUCCCGUGGAGAAUCAAUCGUUGAGUUUAGACCCAAGUUUAUUGCUCCGCACUUCCUCAGAAAACGCAGACGAGACGAAAGCGAAGACGAAGAAAGAAGUGGUGGUAUUAAGUCCUCGAAAAACGUUGAAAUCGUUACAACUGAAGCACGGGGAUAUCGUCUACAUGACGUAUCCAGAUUCGAUCGAAAGAGAGGUGACGAAAAUGCGAGUCAACGUGGAGACGAAACCGUUCGGGGCGAAACGGACGAUCGAGGAGAUGAUUUCGAAAGAAGUUCGAAUUGGGAGGCAAGAGAGAGGGAACGUGGCGUCGGUGUCUUUUUGCGGACACGCGGCGAACAUGUUUCAGAGUUACGUGAAUAAUACGCUCGGAUUUAAACAAAGUCGGUUCGGGUGGUUGUACGGGACGAAGACGAAGAGGAAGAAGGAGAAGACGGAGGAGGAGAAAGAGAAAGAGAAGAGUAAAGAUGCGAGCAGCAAGAAGAAGGAAAAAGAUGAAGAAGAAGGAAAAGAAGACGAGAUGAUCACGGAGUUAUUUGCGGACGUGAUUUACGAGCCGAAUCAAAACGGGAACGCGUACGUGGCGCACGUGGACGAGGAGGACGAGGAGAGCCAAACGGCGGAAGCGAUCGCCAACGCCAUGGGAUACGAAAGAAUCGGGUGCGUGUUUAGUCAAAGCGACGUGGAUCGAGGCGACGAGUCGGUAUCCGCGAUGAGCGCGCACGAGGUGACCUUGUGCGCAAAAUUACAAGCGAAAUACGGGAAAGAAUUCGUGACGGUUAUCGUCGUGCAAUUCGAAGACGAAGACGAGGAGAUGCAAGUGACGUUCGAGGCGUUUCAAGUGUCCGACCAGUGCGUGAAGUUGUACGAGGACGGCUUUUUCGAGUUGGACGAAAAGACGGGCGUGGCAAAACUUCCAGCCUCGUCGUCUGCUGGUAUCACAAAAGAAGAAAUAGAAGAAGAAGAAGAAGGGUCGUCGUUUAGCAAUUGGGGCAGUCACACGAAGCUCGUCAAACCGGUCAUGGUCGAGCGCAAAGACGUGACCGAGGUGGACAACGAUUUCUGGAUCGUCGCGGUACCGAUCAAAGACCACACCGGAACUGCGCAAUCUGGAUUCCCAAUCGAAAAUAGACUCCAUCCUCCUCAAACCGCGGACGAUAUCCGCUCCGCGAUUCAAUCUCGUUCCGCCACGUGUUCGUCCUACGCCGAAAAGUUGAGAGAUUUUCAUUUGCUCUUGUUCUUAUCCAAACAAAUGGAUAAGAACGACGUGCUGGCCAUCGCGGAGAGCACGAACGAUUACAUCGACGGUGGGGACGUGAGCGAAGGGUACAAGGUUCUGAUCGACGCCAUAGCCGGUAUCGCUUAA